AUGUUCCAGAUCCGCCAGUCACUACAGUUCUCUUCGAAAGCUGCCAAUGUCGUCGCCUUCCUUCGCUUCUUGCUGGGUGGCUUUGAAGGCGGCGUCCUCCCAGGAAUAGUGUAUCUAAUCAGUUCUUGGUACUGCCGUUACGAGGUGCAUCGACGUUUGAGCUGGACAUACUCAGUUGGAGUCCUCGCGUCCGCUUUCGCAGGUGUCCUCGCGUACGCGAUUGGAUUAAUGGACGGUCUUCGCGACAUGAAAGGAUGGAGGUGGAUCUUUGCGGUACAGAUACUCGUACCAGGUCAGUGGACUAUACCGGACUUCCCCGAGAACUCGACACUCCUCAAUUCCGAGGACAAAGAGCUAUACACGGCCCGGCUAAUGCGUGAUCGCGGCAGCGCAGAAGUAGAGAAGAUCACCUUCCGAACUCUCAAGGAGGUGCUCAGCGACUGGACGAGUUGGCUCCAAUUCUUGCUCUUCACGUUCACCAACACGUCGACAUACAGCCUUGCGUUUUUUGUGCCGACGAUCCUCACGGGGAUGGGCUACACUGGACUCAAAGCAAGUCUAUACUCGGCCUGGCCCUACCUAGUCACUAUGGGCGCCAUGUGGAUCUUUGCCUAUAUUAGUGACAAGACCAGGAUGCGCACGCCGGUCAUAUGCGCUCAGAGCCUUCUCUUGUUGAUCGGUCUCCUUCUCAUCCGACCCAACUAUUCCCACAGCGUCCGGUACUUCGGCGUCUUUCUGGCUACCAUCGGCUGUCAAUGCAAUGUCCCGGCACAGCUAUCUCUCGCGUAA